AUGGCCAUCAUCGCAGUCGCCGGUGAUACAGGCAAGCUCGGACGGGCAAUCGUGGAGGCUCUGAAAACCACCAGCAACACCAUCUAUAUUCUGGCUAGACAGGAAAACAAGGUUCUCUCCGACGAACUCGGUAUCACCAUCAUACCGGCUCAGUAUUCAAACAUAGAGUCCCUCACCAAGCUCCCAGAAGACAACAAGAUAGACACUAUUGUUUCUGCCAUUAUAGUCGUCGAUUAUGAUGCUAGCAGCUCGCAGCUGAACCUUAUCGCGGCAGCUGAUCAAUCCUCGAGCACAAAGCGUUUCAUUCCCAGCGAGUACGGCAUUGCUUACACUGAAGAGGCAAAGGUGACUAACGGCUUCUUCAUGGACUACUACGGUCUACCGCGUGUAAAAAGCUACCUCCAACCCUUCGUUUUCGCUCUCGACAUGGCACAGAACGGGGCUGCUAUCCCAGGCUCGGGCAACACUCCCGUAGUGUUCACUCAUACUUUCGAUGCGGCGAGGUUCGUUACUACCCUGACCAGCCAAGCUAAUUGGCCUAAGCAGAGCGUCAUCAUUGGAGACAAAAAGACAUGGAACGAGGCUCUCGCCAUUGCGGAAGAAAUCAAAGGCGUGCUUGAUGGCGUUCUCACCGUGAAUUCAGGCACCAAAUUCAACGUCGCGUACGAUGACGUGGGAAAACUGAGCACUUUCCAAGUUACCGAGCUUCCAUCGCAUUCUGCUUUGUACCCAUUCUUGCCCAAGGAGCAGCUCCAAUAUAUCCUGGCUGUUUUUGGCCGCUGGAUGGAUGCGGGAGAUUUCGAUCUGCCCGAAAUUGACACGCUUAAUAGCCGGUUCCCGGAGAUUCAACCACGCACCCUUCGCCAGGUUAUGGAGGAGGGUUGGAAGGCCUGA